AUGUCUAUUCAAACUACUGGUACACGUUCCGGGAUCAUUGUAUCCCGCCUGGAUGAUUCUAUCAAACUCGAGCAAGGUGAUCCAUUCCAUACUAUCUUACCUGCUGGUAAACCCCUCUCUGAGUAUCUUGAAGAAUGUACCCACGACCCCAACUGGAAAUUUACCAAAGAUAUUGAGGGAGAGGGAACGUGGUGGAAAGAAUUUCAUUCUCUAACUGAUGGUACUUGUCGGUUAUUCCAACUCACAGGUUCCGUAGGUAAACAUCGUCCGAAGAAAUUCCAAAUGGAUGAGACUAAAGUUCCAACUGCCACGAAAAGUACUUUUACUUCGAUUCAAGGUGUGGGAGUACCUAGAGGGAGGAUAAUUAGGACAGAAGAAACUUUGGGGACAAUGUUAAUCACUAGAUCGACAGCCUGCCCGUGGGAUAAAGACCCAAGAUACACCUACGCAAGACACGAGGAUCUUGAUACAUUCGGAGUUCACAUUUUCCGACAGCGCACUGAGACUGCAAUGGGUAAAGAUACGGAGAAAGACACAGAGGAUGUGUUGUAUGAUUAUAUCGUCAAUGAAAAGGAUUAUCAUCCGAUGGGUGGGCCGAGCUUAUGGGAGCUUAACCGUCGUUGGGGUAUUCAGAGUGCAGCGGCGAGUCGUCCACCGAACUGA